AUGUUGAGAUUUUUGCUUCUUCUACCUAUCGUUAUGGCGAACUCAUUUUGGAUGACCGCCGAUUUGCUGAGAGUGGACUGGAGUGAAGGGUGUCUAACUACCGCCGGCUGUUCCCAUCCCAGAUUUGAGAUCCUUGGAGAUUUGCUCCCACUUACUGAGGAAAUCUCUAUCAGCUGGCCUAUUUCCGAGCAUUUUGUCCAGGAUACCUCGCGCUCUUUCGUAUCCCAUUGGGCAAAAGGUAAGCCGGAAGAUCUGAAGCUUAGGUGCCAGGUGGUUGGCACCGAUCCGCUCUAUGGAUUUCCGCGAGUCUGUGACCAUACCGCGUCAGUCCGCCCCUUUCCGGACGGAACCGUCGAAGUAUUGGAAAGAAGGCGACGUCAAGCGAUGGUCACGACCACUUCAUUGCCAGAAGACGAACUGGGCAAGAGGCUAAUUGAAAUCCGGGCCAGGUGUUUUAACGCCACCGUAGCGGUGGAGAAGCACACAGAGAGAUGUCCAUGGUGCCCAGACCCAUCGGAUGUGGCGCUCAUCGAGCAAAGGCUGCCGGAAGAUUUACCGUCUGCAUCAACUUCGAUUUUUUCUCGAUUAAAAAGUGACGACAAGAUUUUGCAAGCCUCCGUGCUGACACUGGCAGGAAUCUCUAUUCUGACGUCGAUAAGUCUUGCUUGUGCACUUGUUGCUCUUCUUCGACAAAAAAGGUCUCAUCGCGAGAUCACCGUAAGGACUCGCUGUCAACCAUAUUCUCAACCAAGCUGCAAAAUUUCAGAGGAAGAGAAUAGAUACGAUAUGCCAUGGGAACAAACACUUCCACUCACUUAUUGCCUAUCCUCUUCAUCCAAAUCGACUACGACGUCACCGCUGGACUCGACAUCGUCAUCUGGUGCAUCGUCAUCAAUUAUCAAUCCAUACAGCUUUCGACCCGGGUGCACAAUACCGCAAACACAACUCUACCAUCAUGUCUCCCCAAAUUCUUCCACAGCAGCUGGACGUGAUUCUGGGCUGGGAUCUGUCUGA